GGAAAGCCCAAUCUCCUACGGCCUCAACCUCAUCCUACUGGUUUCGUUAUCCCCAAAACCACCACCAAACCAGACGAAUACAGAGACAUAGAGAAGAGAGAGAGAGAGAGAGAGAGAGAGAGAGAGAGAGAGAGAGAGAGAGCAGAGACUAGAGAGCAGAAAAAUAUGGCGGCAGAGUCGAUGAAAAUGUCGACGACAGCUUCUUCAAUGUGCAACACCAACUUCAGCAACGGCUCCAGGAGGCCUCUCCCUCUCUCUCCUCGCCGCCUCCUCUGUCUCAAUAACGCCCUAAGCCGUACUCACUCUCUCUCCUCUUCUUCGCUCUCCAAAUUCUUCGGCAGCGUCCUUCUCGAUUCUACCGCUCCUCCCAAGCCCUCGUUAACUCCACGCAAGGAACAACGACGCGGGAACUUCUCCGUAUUCGCCAUGGCAGCCGACGCAGAGAGCAAGCGUGCAGUACCCUUGGAUGAUUAUCGCAAUAUCGGAAUCAUGGCUCACAUAGAUGCAGGAAAGACAACGACAACUGAACGUAUCCUAUACUAUACUGGUAGAAAUUACAAAAUUGGUGAGGUUCAUGAAGGAACAGCUACCAUGGACUGGAUGGAGCAAGAACAAGAAAGAGGCAUUACCAUAACUUCUGCAGCAACUACCACAUUUUGGGACAAGCAUCGGAUUAACAUUAUUGACACACCUGGCCAUGUUGACUUCACUCUUGAAGUUGAGCGGGCUCUCAGGGUAUUGGAUGGUGCUAUAUGCUUGUUUGACAGUGUUGCCGGUGUGGAACCACAGUCUGAAACUGUGUGGAGACAAGCUGAUAAAUAUGGAGUACCUAGAAUUUGUUUCGUCAACAAAAUGGACCGCAUGGGGGCAAACUUUUUCCGAACGAGAGACAUGAUAGUAACAAAUUUAGGAGCCAAACCGCUUGUGCUUCAGAUCCCCAUUGGUGCGGAAGACAAUUUCCAAGGAGUUGUCGAUCUUAUAAAGAUGAAAGCCAUUGUCUGGACAGGUGAAGAAUUGGGUGCGAAGUUUGAGCAUCAAGAUGUUCCAGCAGAUCUUCAAGAGUUGGCUGAGGACUACAAGGCACAGCUGAUAGAGAACAUUGUUGAGUUAGAUGAUGAAGCUAUGUUGGGGUACUUAGAAGGAGUUGAGCCUGAUGAGGAAACAAUAAAGAAAUUAAUUAGGAAAGGUACAAUCGCAGGCAACUUUGUGCCAGUUCUAUGUGGUUCAGCUUUUAAAAACAAGGGGGUUCAGCCCUUACUUGAUGCAGUUGUGGAUUACUUGCCUUCACCCCUAGAUGUGCCACCAAUGAAAGGCACAGACCCUGACGACCCAGAAGUGACAAUUGAAAGGGCUGCCAGUGAUGAAGAACCAUUUUCUGGGCUAGCUUUCAAAAUCAUGAGUGACCCAUUUGUGGGUUCCCUUACUUUUGUAAGAGUAUAUUCUGGGAAGGUUAUGGCAGGAUCUUCUGUGCUGAAUUCUAACAAGGGAAAGAAGGAGAGGAUAGGUAGACUUCUGGAAAUGCAUGCCAACAGCAGAGAGGACGUUAAGGUAGCUUUAGCUGGCGAUAUUAUUGCUCUUGCGGGUUUGAAAGAUACCAAUACGGGAGAAACAUUGUGUAAUCCUGAUAAGCCUAUUGUGCUUGAAAGAAUGGAAUUCCCUGAUCCAGUUAUUAAGGUUGCUAUUGAACCCAAGACUAAAGCCGAUGUUGAUAAGAUGUCAAUGGGGUUAGUCAAGCUUGCUCAAGAGGAUCCCUCUUUCCACUUCUCACGGGACGAAGAGACCAACCAAACAGUUAUCGAGGGAAUGGGUGAAUUGCAUCUCGAUAUUAUUGUUGACCGUCUCAAGAGGGAAUAUAAGGUGGAUGCUACUGUUGGCGCACCACAAGUAAACUACCGCGAAAGCAUUUCUAGAACUUCCGAAGUGAGGUACGUUCACAAAAAACAGUCAGGUGGGCAAGGGCAGUUUGCUGAUAUCACCAUGAGGUUUGAGCCCAUGGAAUCAGGUAGCGGAUACGAGUUCAAGAGCGAGAUUAAGGGAGGUUCAGUGCCAAAGGAAUAUAUUCCAGGGGUUAUGAAAGGAAUGGAAGAGUGCAUGAGUAACGGAGUGCUCGCAGGAUUCCCUGUUGUUGAUGUCCGUGCCGUAUUAGUGGAGGGUACCUACCAUGACGUGGAUUCAAGUGUCUUGGCAUUCCAGCUUGCCGCCAGAGGAGCUUUUAGGGAGGGUAUUAGGAAAGCUGGGCCAAGGUUGCUAGAGCCCAUAAUGAGAGUUGAAGUGGUAACCCCAGAAGAACACUUGGGGGAUGUGAUUGGUGAUCUCAACUCUAGGAGAGGACAGAUCAACAGCUUUGGCGACAAACCUGGUGGUCUCAAGGUGGUCGAUUCCUUGGUUCCACUAGCAGAGAUGUUUCAGUAUGUGAGUACGCUCCGGGGAAUGACAAAAGGUCGUGCUUCUUACACUAUGCAAGUAGCCAAGUUCGAUGUCGUCCCUCAACACAUCCAGACCCAGCUUUCAGAGAAAGAAGCGGUUACUGCCUAAUUUGGUUUUCCUGAUUUCAAGCACCUAUACUUGUAAGAACCUUAAAAUUUUGUUAUCUUACUAUUGAAAUCCUGCAAACUACUCCAAUUCUUUCUGUACCCAGUUCAAGAAUGUAGUGAUAUAAAAAGAAAAAAAGUUCGUAAA